UUUUGGGUUAAUAAAUACGUUUCUUUCGUUUCGAUGGAAUCAUUAAGUCCCAAAUUCCUGACUGGUUCGUCCCGUCGUUUCCUAUUUUCUAGGGCUUCCAAUUCAUCAUUUGUAGUAAGUUUGCAGAAGAUUAAAUCCUUCAAACGUUCUAUUCUUCCGGGUUUCUUCAUUUCUGCUUCUCAGCUUCCAUUCUUCAGAAAGCAGAGGUAUAUAAACAACAGUGGUCUUGGAAGGUUAGUGUUCAGAAUGGCUGAAUAUGAUGGGAAAACCGUCACUGCAGAUGUGACCUCUGGAAAUAUGAUUUUUGAACCAGUCCUGGAGGAUGGGGUGUUUCGAUUCGACUGUUCUGAAAAUGAUAGGAUUGCAGCAUAUCCCAGUCUUUCUUUUAUAGAUGCCAAAAUCAGGGACACUCCCAUCAUGAAUAAGAAGGUGCCAUUAUAUAUACCUACUUUUGAAUGUGCAGAUGGAAAACAGAUUGUUAAUAUUGAGCUUCCCCCUGGAACCUCUUUCUAUGGAACUGGAGAAGUUAGUGGACAGCUUGAGAGGACAGGAAAAAGGGUAUUUACUUGGAAUACGGAUGCUUGGGGUUAUGGUUCAGGAACUACAUCAUUGUACCAAUCACAUCCUUGGGUGCUCGCUGUUCUUCCUUCUGGAGAGGCAUUUGGUGUUCUUAGUGACACAACGCGACGUUGCGAGAUAGACUUGAGGAAAGAGUCCAGAAUAAAAUUUACGUCUGAGAGUCCAUAUCCUGUCAUCACAUUUGGUCCAUUUGCAUCCCCAACUGCAGUCUUGAUAUCUUUAUCACAUGCAAUUGGAACUGUAUAUAUGCCUCCAAAGUGGUCUCUGGGCUAUCAUCAAUGUCGUUGGAGCUAUGAUUCAGAUGCAAAAGUUUUGAAGAUUGCCAGGACAUUUAGAGAGAAGGGUAUACCUUGUGAUGUCAUAUGGAUGGAUAUUGACUACAUGGAUGGUUUUCGUUGUUUUACUUUUGACCAGGAGCGUUUCUCUGAUCCCAAAUCUAUGGUGAAUGACCUUCAUUGCAUUGGUUUCAACGCGGUAUGGAUGCUUGACCCUGGUAUUAAAUGUGAAGAGGGUUAUUUUGUUUAUGAUAGUGGCUCUGAAAAUGAUGUCUGGGUUCAAAAAGCAGAUGAAACACCAUUUAUUGGGGAGGUUUGGCCUGGGCCUUGUGUGUUUCCUGAUUUUACACAAGAAAAAACUCGGUUGUGGUGGAGCAACUUAGUGAAGGAAUUUAUGUCUAUUGGUGUUGAUGGAAUAUGGAAUGAUAUGAAUGAACCCGCUGUUUUCAAGGUUGUGACAAAGACUAUGCCUGAGACCAACAUUCAUAGGGGGGAUACUGAACUUGGUGGUUGUCAGAAUCACUCUCAUUAUCACAAUGUUUAUGGUAUGCUGAUGGCAAAGUCCACAAAUGAUGGGAUGCAAUUGGCUAAUAAGAAUAGACGUCCUUUCGUUCUUACCAGAGCUGGGUUUAUAGGUAGCCAAAAGUAUGCUGCAACGUGGACCGGAGACAACCUUUCGACUUGGGAGCACCUUCAUCUGAGUGUCUCUAUGGUACUUCAAUUGGGCCUCAGUGGUCAGCCAUUAUCGGGACCAGACAUUGGGGGUUUUGCUGGAAAUGCAACACCAAAGCUUUUUGGAAGGUGGAUGGGAAUUGGUGCUAUGUUUCCUUUUUGUCGUGGGCAUUCUGAAAUGGGGACCAUUGAUCAUGAACCAUGGUCUUUUGGUGAAGAGUGUGAAGAAGUUUGCCGCCUAGCAUUAAUGAGACGCUACCGUCUUAUUCCCCAUAUUUAUACUCUUUUUUAUAAGGCUCAUACCGAGGGUACUCCUGUUGCAGUUCCUACAUUUUUUGCUGAUUCCAAAGAUCCCAGCUUAAGGAAUGUUGAAAAUUCCUUCCUGCUUGGCCCAGUUCUUAUUUAUUCAAGUACUAAUAAGGGAUGAUGAUUAAGGGGAGAU